GAGAAACAGAAGCGGACCGCUUCCCUCCCAAAAUCGUUGCUCCCUGCAGUGCAUUCCUGAGAAAUAGCCACUUCCUAAUCGUCAAUCCUCUUCCUCUCCUUUCAAGCUCCAUAGAUUAUUACGUUUUCUCCCUUGUUUGUCUCCGUACCGAUUGCCAGGAAUGAGUUACCUCUUGGGACGAGAGGAUUUGGCUGGAAUGCCUGACGAUGACCAUCGUGCGAUGGAUUCGUCGAGGUAUUACCAUGGCGAAGUUGACGAUUGUGGGAAGAUGUUGACAGAAGAUGAUCCAGAAGUCCUCGAUGGAGACGAGAGUACAGCAACAGUGGAAACAACCAAAACCAAAGGCAAUCAGAGCGAUGGCGACAAUGUCACGACCUGCUCUCAUCGAUCAACACCUACCAGUACCACACAAGAGUCGAGCCGUUCCUUCCAUGACCAAGGCUCUCUGUUCCGGAGCAUUGAACAGCAACAAGCCGAGAGCUUUACCUUCUCCCUCACGUCCGAGUCGACUUCCAACGUUGGAAGCUUUGCCAAUUGGACCUCCAGCGACGACGGUUCUCCGUCCUUGCGCGAUCACGAAGACUUGGAGGCAAGCUAUCCCACUCCUGCCGCCGAUGGAAUGACCACGAGCAAUGAGAGUGAAAACGACGACCCCCAAGAGAAGCAGCUUGAGAGAAGCCCUGGCUCACCGCCAGAUGUUGCCUCCUACGGAGACUACGAAUGGUCACUGUGGGAAGAAGGGAGCCAGUAUCCUUCUGCAACGCAAGGGUGCAAGAUUCGCGAAGACGACGGGGACAAGGGUAUUCCUGAGGAGAAGGAAGUGGUGAGUCACUUGGAUGCCACGCCUCGUGACACUUCCUGUGAAGAGUACGAGUGGUCCGUCUUGGAAGAGGGGAGCAACCUCCAGACGUCAGGCCACAGCAAGAUCAGGGAGGAGGCGAUUAGUCUUGACAGCAGCCAAGUUUCCAAGCCCCAUGAGAAGAUGAGAACAACUCCAUUGGUGGAACACAGGCGUCCCGUGCAAGAAAGACUCACCAAGCAUCCUGCGGCGGAGGAGCCUCCUCUUGCUCGGUACGGUGAAGACCACGAAGACGAUGGACUCGGCCAAAAUAUUCUGCGUCGGACUCCGGCCAGCCCCGACGAAAACGGGCACAUCUCUCAGGGCGGGCUAGCUGUCGCUUCGCUUGUCAUUGAAGAAAGCCUUGGAGGAGACGAUCCGCAGCAGGCCGAAGCCAUAUCGGUUGUAAAGAUGUCCGACAAGACCAGCCGGUAUUACGCUCUGGGCAUGUUCGCGUUGAUGCUCGUACUUGUGGCUGGGAUUCUCCUUGGCACUGUUGUCCUUCCCUCGAUCCGGGGAAAACAAGACAGCGAGGAGGGGCUCCACGGAGGACCUGAUGGGUUGCAAGAGUCUGGUGUGACAUUCGCACCAACGACCUACCGCGAGUCCUUGGGUAUCCAAGAGCAAAUUGCUGUAUCGGUGGGCAGUUCCAAGCUUAACGAUGCCAGCACUCCUCACUACAAAGCCUUACAGUGGCUUUUGUAUGAAGACCCACUUCAGUUGCCUCGGAGCGCCACGAACUUGAUCCAACGAUACGCUCUCGCACUCUUUUACUUUCAGACCUCUGAGCACGGACCAUGGCGUUCCUGCAAUCCACCCAAGCUGGAGAAUGAAACACAUUCGUGUGACUUCUUGCGGCUCAUGUGGAUUUUUCCUGAAUUGGAAUUUGACGUUGUCCCUUCGAAUCGUUGGCUCAGUCGAGUCCACGAGUGCGAUUGGGCUGGAAUCAUUUGUGAGGAGGGCGACAUUGUCAAGGAGAUCAUACUGGAGGCCAACAACCUUUCUGGAAGCCUGCCAGAAGAGCUUGGUCUCUUUCCUCGGCUUCUCAGCUUCAGCUUUGUUAACAACGAGAUCUCGGGCUCGCUUCCUGCGCCUCUUGCUGUAGAGUUGCAAGGAAAGGUCACACAAAUCCAACUCCACUACAACAAGAUCUCCGGCAGCAUUCCCCCGGAAUGGAUGCAGUUUCAGGCUUUGGAACGUCUCAACUUGGCCUCAAACCAGUUGACUGGUUCCCUGCCCACUGAGAUUGGAAUGCUUGGCGCCAGUCGCCGCGGAGACUUGCUCAUGGGUCUCUUCCUCUUUGACAAUCCAGGCAUAACUGGAACGAUUCCAACAGAGGUUGGCAAUCUUGACGCCCUCUCCUUCUUGAGGGUCUCCAAGACAUCCCUGGAAGGCCCACUUCCGUCCGAGCUUGGUAGAUUGUCUGAACUGAAAGAGUUUUGGGGACACAAGACGAAGCUUUCCGGCCCUAUUCCUUCCGAAGUGGCAAGGAUCGGCGCCUUGAGACACUUGCGACUCCAGCACACAAAUGUCAACGGGACUAUUCCUGAAGAGAUCUAUGAACUCCCGGGUUUGGAGCGUUUGGAUUUGUGGCAAAGCAAGGUUGGUGGCACCAUCAGCACAAAGAUUGGCCAGCUUGCCAACAGUCUUUCCGUGUUGCGUCUUCAAAACAAUUCCUUGCUUUCUGGAGAACUGCCCACCGAGCUGGGUCUGUUGACCAACCUCAAGACGUUGCACCUGCAGCACACGCGCUUGGAGGGGAGCAUUCCGGAAGGAUUGUGCGACCGAGUCUUGGACCGAGGACAGCAGUUCAACGGAAGUGAUGCUGCUACCGUCACCAAUCUCCAUAUUUCGGCGGAUUGCCUAGUCUCGACUCAUCCUGGUGUGUGGCCUUUUGUCAGCUGUGAGUCUGGUUGUUGCUCCGUGUGCUGCGAUGGGAAAACAGGAGCUUGCGCGGACAUGCUCACCUAGGGUCGACAUCCACGACAGACAAGACUAGGGUUGGCAUGCUCCCUUGGGGGAUGUUUUCUAUGCCAUGCUGUUACGGGUUGGGUAGCACGCUCCCCUAGCCAGGGAUCUUUUUCAAUGCCAUGCUUGGUUAGCCUGGCUGAAUACAUACUAGUACGGUUCGUUGUUAAAUUCAUUGAUUCAAAAUGCGAGAUACAUCACGUUAAAAUAGUGGUUUCGUUCUAAAUUUUCUC